AGGUGGCGCUGCAGUAACACCUGACAGAAGAUGCGACGGGUGUGCUGGGUCUUCAGAUGGCUGGGGACGGGGAUCGGACUCCUCACUUUAAUCACCUACAGCUGGUCACUGGACAACACAGAAGUAUGCAAAUUGUCCAGAACUGGUCCACCUGCAACCAUUGUAACCAUAGAAGAGGAGAGCCCGAAUGGGACAGUGCUGGUUGAGAAUAUGCAGAUCAAUGGAAGAGCUGAAGACCCAGGCAGAAGCAUUUACUUAUCCCUGAGAAACAACUAUGACCACUGGGUGAUCUUGGAUGCCAAACGGCAGACACUGUUCCUAAACAGCACGGGCCGAGUUCUGGACAGAGAUCCCCCUGCCUCUAUCCAGUCCAUCGUAGUGCAGGUCCAGUGUACCAAUGUGCUGGUCGGUACGGUCAUCCAGCACGAAGUCCGCAUUGUGGUGAAGGAUCGCAACGACAACACCCCGCGCUUCCAGCAACCUAGCUACUACAUACCCGUCAACGAGCUCACUCCGAUCGGGACCACCAUCUUCACCGGGUUUUCCGGAAACGGCGCCACGGAUAUCGACGACGGGCCGAACGGUCAGAUCUCGUACUCCAUCCUGUACGACCCCAACGACCCGAGUUUAAACAGUACCUUCAGCAUCCCACUACCUCUGUCUGGAGCAGUGGUGCUGAGAGAGAGGCUCAACUAUGAGGAGAGGACCCGCUACCUGGUCGUCAUUCAGGCUAACGACCGUGCCCUGUAUUUUCUCAACCGGAGGACCACCACUACAACGCUGACAGUGGACGUGCUGGACGGAGAUGACCUGGGGCCCAUGUUUCUGCCCUGCACCCUGGUCAACAACACCCGCGACUGCAGACCCAUCAUCUUCAGAGCGGCCAUACCAGAGCUCACUGACCCAAGCAGAAUUAACCCGGUCAACGUCACACCCAACAUCCGGGCAGUGGAUCAAGACCGGAACAUCCAGCCUCCCUCCGAUCGGCCCGGUGUCCUGUUCUCCAUCCUGGUCGGCAAACCGGAGAACUACGGCGAAUUCUUCACACUCAACAAAACCACCGCUGAGCUGCGGGUCCUGCAGCCAAUCAGCCGGGACCUCUACCACACCUUUGACUUGGUAAUCAAGGCAGAGCAGGAUAAUGGCCACCCCCUCCCUGCCUUUGCUAGUCUGCACAUUGAGGUGCUGGAUGAGAAUAAUCAGGCCCCGUACUUUCAAGUGUCCACUUACCAGGGCUUCGUAAUCGAGUCAGCGCCCGUGGGUACCACCAUCUCCAGCAACAUGAACCUCACAGCCCCAAUGGGAAUAAUUGCCUUGGAUAAUGACAUCGAGGAGACAAGAGAUCCCAUGGUGGACAUAACCUUGGACGACUUCAACGCCAUCUUCAGAGUGACUCCCUCAGGGAUAACGCGCUACCUGACCCUGCUGAAGCCGGUGGACCGGGAGGUGAAGCAGACCUACACCUUCACGAUGGUGGCCUCAGACGGAGUGCAGGAGAGCGCUCCAGUGACCAUUAACAUCCUGGUGAUAGAUGCCAACGACAACACUCCGACCUUCUCCGACGUCUCCUACAGUGUCAAUGUUUACACCGACAUGCAGCCGGGCGAACCCGUAUUACAGCUAACAGCACAGGACGCGGACGAGGGCACCAACGGCAUGAUCUCCUACGAGAUCCUGGCAGGGGGCCAGGGAGAUUUCGUCAUCGACGGGCGCACGGGGCUGAUCGCCGUGGCACCGGGCGUCACCCUGAUCGUGGGCCGCACCUACGCCCUGACGGUGAAGGCGGCGGACGGCGCUCCCGCAGCCCAGAGAAGGAGCUCCAUCACCACCGUGUACAUCGAGGUCCUGCCACCCAACAACCAGAGCCCCCCACGCUUCCCGCUAAUCAUGUACAGCCUGGAGGUCAGCGAGGCCAUGAGGAUAGGAGCCAUUCUGCUGAACUUGCAGGCAACAGACCGUGAAGGCGAUCCCAUCACGUACACUAUCCAAGACGGUGACCCUGAGAAAACAUUCAACCUCUCUGAAACUACUGGGCUUUUGAUCCUGGGCAAACCGUUGGACUGGGAGACCUUGGACCACUACACCCUGACCGUCACCGCCUCCGACGGGAACCCAGGAGGGACCUCAACAACCACUGUGAACAUUGUGGUCACUGAUGUCAAUGACAACGACCCCACCUUCGACCCCUUCCUGCCAACAAACUUCACUGUCCCAGAGGAGGAAGCAAACGUGUUUGUGGGUCAAGUGAAGGCCUUGGACCCGGACUCAGGGGCUAACGGGCAGGUGCGCUACCGGGUGGUGAACCACGUGGGCCUUUUCCGGAUCAACUCCAACGGCAGCAUCUUCACGGCGGCGCGGCUGGACCGCGAGACCCAGGCGCAUUACGACCUGAUCAUAGAGGCCUCCGACGGGGCGGUGGACCCGCGCCGCACCGCCAUCACGCUGUCCGUGGAGGUGCUGGACAUCGACGACAACAGCCCCGUGUUCUCCCAGGCCUCCUACACCGCCAACCUGCCCGAGAACAGCCCGGCGGGGACCGUGUUUCUGCAACUCAGCGCUGUAGAUGUGGACCUUGACUCUAACGUCACGUACCAAAUCAGAACAGAGGAAGCCAAGCUGCUGUUCUCCAUCCACCCAAUCACGGGAGAGCUCUCCGUGCUCCAGCCCCUGGAUUUCGAGGACCUGGCUGCUGCAGGCGCAACCUACACCUUUGUGGUGGAAGCACUGGACAGCGGUGGGCUGAUGCCCCCUGGCAUGGCCACAGUCACAGUCAAGAUCACGGAUAUGAACGAUUUCUCUCCAGUGUUCAGCCAGGCCCUGUACCACGGGAUGGUGGCUCCAGACGCAGACAAAGGGACCUUCAUCACCACUGUGUUUGCCAAGGACCAGGACCCCCCUGGCUCAGCAGCCAGUCACGUGCGCUACAGAGUGGACCUGGACCUGUCUCCCUACAGCGGCAGCAUUUUUGACGUGGAGGAAGAUUCCGGAAGGGUGGUCACAAAGGUCAAUCUCAACGAGGAGCCCAGCAUGAUUUUUAGGCUGGUCAUCAUUGCCUAUGACGACGGGGACCCAGUGAAGCUGAAUAGGACUGUUGUUCGAAUCUCUGUCGUUCAGCCUUCUAUAAUCCCCACAUUCACCCCAGAAGAAUACAGGUUCCCGCUGGUCAGUGAGAACGCUCCUGUGGGAACAGUGGUCGGGGUCAUCCUGGCUGUUGCAGUGAACCAGACCAUCGUCUACUCCAUCGUGGGCGGGAACGAGGAAGGCCACUUUGUGGUGAACAACGUCACCGGGGUCAUCUCCACCGCCAAGCCCCUGGAUUACGAGAACAUCACCGAGUACGUGCUCCGGGUGCAGGCCGACUCCAUGGCCAUCGCCUUGUCCAACUUCAACGUGGCGUCCAAAACAAACACGGGUACGGUGUUCGUCUUUGUUCAGGAUGAGAACGACCAUCGCCCCGUGUUCACCCGUCAGCUGUACCUCGGCGGGGUGGCAGAGGACACAAAGACCUUCUCCUCCGUGCUCCGGGUCAAUGCCACGGACAAGGACACAGGGAACUACAGUGCCAUGCUGUACAAACUGAUAAUCCCCCCCACCAUCGACAGCCAGGACGCCUUCGUGAUCGAGAAGUACACCGGCAUCAUCAAGAGCGCCAUCGUGUACAGAAACAUGCGCCGGUCCUACUUCGAGUUCGAAGUCGUCGCCACGGACGACUACGGGGCCGGUCUGAGCAGCAGCGCAGAUGUCGUGAUCUCUGUGGUGAAUCAGCUGGACAUGCAGGUGGUGGUGUCCAACGUCCCGCCUGCUGUGGUGGAGGAGAACAAGGAGCAGCUGAUUGGGAUCCUGGAGCGUUAUAUCCAGGACCAGAUCCCGGGGGCCAAAGUGGUGGUGGAGUCCAUCGGGGCCCGGCGGCACGGAGACGGGUUCGAGCUGGAGGACUACACCAAAUCCGACCUGAUGGUGUACGCCAUCGACCCUCUGACCAACAGGGCUAUAUCCCGACAGGAGCUCUUUAAGUUUCUGGACGGGAAGCUGCUGGACAUUAAUAAGGAGUUCCAGCCACACCUGGGUGAGGGCGGCCGCAUCCUGGAGAUCCGCUCGCCCGACAUCGUGGCCAGCGUGAAGAAGGCCGCGCAGGCUGUGGGCUACACCGAGGGGGCGCUGCUCGCCCUGGCCAUCAUCAUCAUCCUCCUCUGCAUCCCCGCCAUCCUCAUCGUCAUGGUUACCUACAACCAGUUCAAAGAGCGACAGGCGGAGUGCGCCAAAACCGCCAGGAUCCAGAUGGCACUGCCGGCGGGGAAAGCUGCCGGGGCAGCCCCCAGCAAUCUCUACGAGGAGCUGGGCGACAGCACCAUGCGGAGAGGCACGGGGAGACGACAACAUCAGCAGUUGCUGAGGCCGUCCCUCCUCCGGCCCGAGGAGCUGUCUAUGGAGUCUGGCAUCGACCCUGGACAAGAGUACUAUGCUCAGGACUACUAUAAUUAUGAUCAGGGGUAUGACUUGCCACAGUACGGGAGCCGCAGAAAGCUGAUCUCCCCCAUGUACGAUGAAUAUGGAGAGGUAAUCAUGGAGGAUGAUGGGUUUUACUACAGCCCACAUGGCUCUGAGGUGCGUGGGAGAGGGCGGGGCAGACGACCAAUGCGAGGCGGCCCGCCCAGGAGGGUCGGGUUUAGGGACCUGCCUCCCGAGGAUGAGAUUGAGGCGGAGCCAGAAGAAGCCGCCGCCGCGGAAACCGGAAGCUCGAAAGCCGCCAAGAGGCUGAAGUCGGUCAUGAAGCUGAGCAAGCUGUUAGUGUCCUCCAAAGGCGCCGAACCGCCCGCCGACGCACCCACGCCUUCGUCCCCCUGGAAAAAGGCCAAACUAUUCCCCAUGAUGUUCAAGGGCAAGAAGGACAAGGACUACGCCAAGCUGAUGUCCGCACGGCGCGUUGACAGCCAGGACAGCCUGGCCGGCCUGCCCUCCACGGCGGAGGGCGUAGUCUCGGAGAAGCCGUCGGCCAAGAAGCAGCUGGGCAAAAUGCUGAAGCGCAUCAACAUCUCCAAAAAGCUGCAGGUUCGGCGGGAGUCCCAGGGCAGCCUCAGGAGCUCGGCCGCAGGAAGCGAGAAGGACGAGGUCUCCUCGCGAGGUGCCAGUGAGGAGGAGGAGAGGAAGUCCAAGGUCUCCAUCAGCGUGACGGGGGAGAGCGAGCCAGAGGCUAGUGGCUCGGAUGUCGAGAGAGCCCGCCGGGCGAGGGACCAGUCUGGGGACGAGUCUGCCGCUUCCGGUGAGGAUAAGGACUAUCUUAAAGUGGACCUGGACAGAGACGAUGCCCUGGAAAGCACGGUGGAUUCGGAUGAGGAGCAGGAGGAGCCCGUCGACGACUCGGAUGAGGAGAGCAAGUCCAAGUCCGAGAAAGACGAUGAUGCAGAAGAAGAGUCUGGAACAGAAAAAGAAUCAGGCACAGAGAAAGAAUCGGGCACAGAGAAAGAAUCGGGCACAGAGAAAGAAUCGGGUACUGAGAAAGAAUCAGGUACAGAAAAAGAAUCGGGUGCUGAAGAAGAGUCUGAAACAGAAAAAGGGUCAGGCUCGGAGGAAGAGUCGGGUACAGAGAAAGGGUCAGGUACGGAAGACGAGUCAGGUACAGAGAAAGAUUCUGAAGAGGAAGAAGAUGAGGACGAUGAAGACAAAAGCACGGCAUCUGGGGUAACGGGCUCUGGUUCGAAGAUGUCCUCCUCUGCCCGCUCUUCCAUGAAGUCAUCCAGGACAGCCACCAGCAGGGCAUCAUCAGAGAAGUCCAGUGGGCAGAGUAGUGAUGUUGGCGGCUCUGCCUCUGAAUCAGGUUCCCAGAGAUCUGGCUCUGAGUCAGGCUCCCAGAGAUCUCCCUCCGUGUCAGGCUCCCAGAGAUCGGCGUCUGAGUCAGGCUCCCAGAGAUCUGGCUCCGAGUCAGGCUCCGAGAGGUCCUCCAUCCACUCCUCAGCAAGGUCUUCCCUGACCGGGGCCAGCAGACGGUCUUCAGAGCAAUCGGGCGGAGAGGCCUCAGGGAGCGAGGCCGGCAGCAGUGCAGGGCGAAGCGGGAGCGAGGCGGAGGCCAGCGGGUCAGAGGUCAGCGGGUCAGAAGAUGGCGGGUCAGUGCGCAGCAGUGCCUCCAGCCGCCGGUCGACCGGCGGAAGCUCGCAGUCCGGAAGUGAGAGGAGCGCUGCAAGCUCCAGAUCCACCGGCGGGAGCCAUAGGUCCCGGAAAUCCAUCCUCUCUGGAGGCUCUGAGGACACGAUCGAUGAGGAGAGCGAGCAGGAGGCAUCAGACGAGGCGGAGUCAAAGCCCUCGGAGGAUGAGUCCAGCACAGGGGCGCAGUCCAGGAGAUCCAGCAUCUCGACUAUAAAAAGCGGGGGGAGUGUUGGCCCGCACGUGGGAACGCCGUAUGGCUCGGAAGAGAGCAGCAGCGCAGUGGAAAGCUCUGAUGAUUUUCAUGGACUUUCUCCUAUAACUGAAGUCGACGAGGAUGCAAUAACUUCCGGCAAAACGUCUGUGGCCUCAGAAGACAGCGGCCAUAGCGAGCCCUCGGUUGGGUCCAACGAUGAGGAUGGGGAGGAUGAAGAGUCGGGGGCCGAGGGAGGUGGCACCUCUUUGUAGAUGAACUGUAGGGCAGUCAAUAUGGGCGAAACAAGAGGAUCAAACUUGUGGUUGACCGGGAGCAUGAGACCAGCUCCACAGGGGAAGACAGCGCCCCUGAGUCCCAGCGGAACCGCCUGUCCAACCUGAGCAGCCACAGCAAUGUAAACGGGACCGUCUA